AAAGAAUCUGCACUAUUAUUGGUAUUAUUACUUCCAUGCCAUGUGUGUAUGCUACACUCCCAAUGCGCGCAGCACGGGUCAAGCCCAGCGAAAGUCCAAUCAAGAAACAUCGUCAACUUUGACAGCUGCUCCCUGUCUGUAAAUAAUAACUCUUUUCGAGUACCUCAUUCUACCCACGCAGCCCUCACGGCAUAUACACAGCAGAACCCGUCCGUCUUUACUGACGUCCCUCUGCGCAUUCUAUUGCAUCAAAUUACCAUCUCUCCCCCCGAACGGUACUCCCUCCAUCCAUCCCACAGCUCUCAAGAUGCAGGCUUUCUCGAGACAGCUUCGCACCUCUGGUGCAGGUGCAGCUGCUCUGCGCCAGCUCUCCCGCAGGGCAUACAGCUCCAAUGGUUCCCCCUACGCAUCCACCAUUGACAACCUGCGCAUCAACAGCGAGACCAAGGUUCUCUUCCAGGGCUUCACAGGAAAGCAGGGAACUUUCCACGCGCAACAAGCUAUCGAAUACGGUACCAAGGUUGUUGGUGGCACAAAUCCCAAGAAGGCUGGCCAGGAGCACCUCGGUCUCCCCGUCUUCGCCAAUGUUGGCGAUGCCGUAAAGCAGACUGGCGCCACCGCCACUGCCAUCUUCGUUCCUCCCCCGUUGGCUGCUGCCGGUAUCGAAGAGGCCAUCGCCGCCGAGAUCCCUCUGGUUGUGUGCAUCACGGAAGGAAUUCCCCAACACGACAUGGUUCGCAUCACUCAGAUCCUCAAGUCCCAGUCCAAGACUCGACUCGUCGGUCCCAACUGCCCCGGUAUCAUCGCCCCCGGCCAAUGCAAGAUCGGCAUCAUGCCUGGCUUCAUCCACAAGCAGGGUCGCAUUGGUAUCGUCUCCCGUUCCGGUACUCUGACCUACGAGGCCGUCAACCAGACCACUCAGGAGGGUCUCGGCCAAUCCCUCGUUGUCGGUAUUGGUGGUGACCCCUUCUCCGGCACCAACUUCAUCGACUGCCUCAACGUCUUCCUCAAGGAUGAGGACACCGACGGUAUCAUCAUGAUUGGCGAGAUCGGUGGAUCUGCCGAGGAGGACGCUGCCGAUUUCCUCAAGGCCUACAACACCGCCAACAAGCCUGUCGUCAGCUUCAUUGCUGGUAUCUCCGCUCCUCCCGGACGUCGUAUGGGUCACGCCGGUGCCAUUGUCAGCGGUGGCAAGGGUGGUGCUGACAGCAAGAUCAAGGCUCUCGAGGCUGCUGGUGUUAUUGUGGAGCGCAGCCCCGCUGGUUUGGGCCGUGCCAUGCGUGAGCAGUUCGUCAAGCGUGACCUGUUGUAAGGCAUGAGAUUUCACCAGGCGGAGCUGAGCGGGAUAUUUGGGAGUGUCUGGUUUGUUGGAUUGGAAAUAUGUGUAUAUCCGAACUUGAUGUGGGACUAUUGGCUGUGAGCCUGGAGCCCUAGUGUAUGAUGCAUGGAUUUUGGUCAUAAUCAGGCAACUUGCAUGUCGUAUUGAGACUAGGUGUCAUGUGGUCGGCGUCUGUUUUCUAUUGACUCUCAUAGACGGAGGUGGCAACGGUAGUGCAUUGUAUCACACUUGUAUUGAUCGCAUCAGAAAUUCG